AUGGGUCGUGUGAAAUUGGAGAUCAAGAGAAUAGAGAACAAUACUAACCGACAAGUUACGUUCUCAAAACGUAGAAAUGGUUUGAUUAAAAAAGCUUAUGAAUUGUCGAUUCUCUGUGACAUCGACAUUGCUCUUAUCAUGUUCUCUCCUUCCGAUCGUCUUAGCCUCUUUUCCGGCAAAACUCGGAUCGAAGACGUGUUCACAAGGUUUAUUAAUCUCCCUAACCAAGAACGAGAGAUUUCAGCCUUUCCCGACCAGGGUAGACGCCCGUAUGUAUCAUUUUUUUUUUAUCUACUAAGAAUUUUGCAGCAACUCAAGACAGAAAAUGACAUCGCUCUUCAAAUUACGAACCCGGCAGCUAUUAAGUCCGACGUCGAGGAACUUGAGCAAGAAGUUUGUAGGUUACAACAACAACUCCAAAUAGCAGAAGAAGAACUAAGCAGGAGAUACGAACCAGAUCCAGUAAGAUUCACUAGCAUGGAGGAUUAUGAAGUUUGUGAGAAGCAACUUCUAGACACGUUAACACACGUUGUCCAACGACGAGAGCAUCUCUUAAGCAGCCAUUUACCUUCAUACGAAGCAUCUACUAUGCAGCAAAACAUUGUAGGUCCUUUCGUCAACGGAGUCGUUGAAGGUUGGUUGCCUGAAAAUGGACCCAAUCAAACACAUUUAUUUGAUUCAAAUCAACUCAGAGAAAUACCAUCGACAAUGUAUGAACCAUUGUUGCAAGGGAGUAGCUCAAGUUCUAACCAAAACAAUAUGAGCGAAUGCCAUGUGACAAAUCAUAACAGCGAAAUGUUCCCUGAGUGGGCUCAAGCGUACUCAUCCUCGGCGUUAUUCGCUUCUAUCAACCAGCAUGGGAAUAUGGGACCCAGUAUAGACGAGAUGAUGCCAGGUCAACAAAGUGAGAUCCCGGCGGUGACGACGGAAGCACAGCAAGCUGAGCAAGAAGUCGUCGCCGACUAUAAGACCAGGGUUCCUCAGCUUAGUAGCCAAUAA